CGAGGCCUCGAAGAUUUGUCUUGGCUUCUGCAAGAUUGGUGUAUGCUAGGCAUUCCCAAGAUGGGGCAAAAUCUGCAAUCUUAACAUUCUUAAUAUUUUCGCUAGGACAACCUUGAACACAACGCCCAACGCAACGCAUGCAUCUCCUGGGGAAUUGUGCUCGUAAAUGGCUGCGAGGCUACAUUUUCAGCUUGAGCCUUGUAGCCUGCAGUAGGAGUGAAUAGGAAUUUGGCUUCUGGGUCAUAAGGCUUGGCUUACUUGCUUCAUCCUGGCGCACGACAGCAUGGGCAGGGCCAAGCGAAGCCAGGAGGGCCCCAGGACGACCUACCUGGUUCAAACUUUAGCUCUUUGCUUCGUUUAUCAUGCUGACACCUUCACCCACAUCGCUCGACUCCUAAACCAUGCAGUAUGCGUCGCACAGCCCUCAGAACCCUUCCAUGCCCGUUUGGGUCCCGGCCUCCGAAACCAGUUCCCCGACUACCCUUGCCCUUCCGCCGCCGUCUCAACCGCCGCGGCCUCGGGCCCUCCGAAUCGACAACAGCUUCGCUACCUCCUGGCCCGUCCGUUCGCCUCCCAUGCGGCCUACCUCCUCCCCCCUCUCCUAUCCGUUUCGGAGGCAUGGUGCCUCGUCAGCCUCUUUCUUACAUGGUCGUACACUGUCGUACUGCUACUACCGCCUUUGCGACGGCGGCUGCGUGCGGCGCCGCGUCUCCAGCUGGGGUGGCUGCUUGCCAACGUGGUCAAUGAUACAAUUGUACCUCCGCUUUGUUGGGGCCUUAUGACCGUGUGGCGGGCGGGAGGUCUGGCCGGGGGCAGUACGGCGCCGUCGCCGUCGCCGUCGCCGCCGUCGUCCGUGUUCCACUACACCCCUGUGGUCUGUGAGGCGCUUGGCUACGCAGCGUUUCUUGGGCUGCCUCCCUGGUUCGUCCACGUGCUUGCCGUAAUCACAAGCGCCUCCUUGUGGAUGAUCACGACGCUGCUCGUACGACACGGCUUGGUGGAACAGGUGCCGUACAGCCUGUCGGGCUUGUGGCAGCGGCAGCAAGCCAGUACGGCGGCGGCGGCGGAGUCUCGGUCGCAGCAAGAGGACAGCAAGCGACCGGGGGAGCUGACGGCGCAGAGCUGGGGCGGCGGGUUUGGCCCCCUCGGCGACGGCUGUUUCUUCGGACAGCUGCCGCACCCAGCGGCUGCGUCGCCGUUGACGUUGGAGGAGCUACGAGCAAUGGUGACUGCGGCGCGAACGGCGCCGUACUGUCCCGAUCCGUGGUUUGACCUGACGCGGGCACAUGUACAACUGCCGGGGGUGGCGGCGGAGGCGUUGACUUCGGAGUGGCGGAAUGCCGUACUGCGGAGGCUGGCCGCCGACCUGCCCGACGGCUACACCGUAAUCGGCCUAACAGCGUACGAGAGCAGCCAGAUGGCGGAGGCUGGGGUUAACUUUAUCCCAGGUCACCACCGUCCAUCAACUAGGGGCGCAAUGCCUUCCACCAUCGGAAGGACUUUUGACCCUAAUGGGUAUCGAUCCCUGGAUCUCCCGGGGGCAAUGGUCGCGCCUUACCGGUAG